AGACUCUCGCAGGGAGUUUUGAUCAUUGUUUACGAAACUGCAUUGCCUACCCGAACUGGUGAUCUGCCGCGGUGCACAAGAAAAAGAAGAGGAAGGAGAUACUAAGUCAAAUAAUCUUGCGCACUUAGUUACUAGUUGCAACAGCAAAUUGCGGUGCUGGAUUUUGCCGCGUUGCCACAGUGUGCGUACAACAGUUAACGAACCGCUCGACCCUUCCGACUGUGAGGUUGCAUAAUCGUGAAAGGUCCACUUCCAGCAGACAUCGCGCGAACCGUGCAGAGUGGAGCGACAGAACUAUAAAAACGAACGAACAAGAUGCUGCGAGCGAUUGCCGUGCGCGCAGGAUUGACGCGAUCGAAUCAAGCGGUUCCGAACUUUUGCCGUGCGAUGUCAUCCACCGGUGGAGCAGAUAACACCAGCUUGGUGCUAACAGAGGAGGUCGGUAGCAAGGGGGUGAUCACGCUUAACCGACCCAAGGCACUGAACGCGAUCAAUCUAGAGAUGGUCCAGAUCAUCCACGAAGCGAUGAAACGGUGGGAAAACAACAAAAAUCUCGUUAUCAUUAAGUCGGUCGGCGAGAAGGCGUUCUGCGCCGGAGGAGACGUGCGAGCCAUUGUCGAAUCAGGUGGCUCUGUGAUGACGAAACAGUUUUUCACGACCGAGUACACGGUGAACGCGCUGAUCGGAAACUAUCGACCGACAUACAUCGCACUCAUCGAUGGCAUCACGAUGGGAGGCGGAGUGGGAUUGUCCGUGCAUGGUAAAUAUCGCAUCGCCACCGAGCGAACGAUGUUCGCGAUGCCCGAGACCGCCAUCGGUCUGUUUCCGGAUGUUGGCGGUGGUUACUUCCUGCCGCGGUUGGAGGGCAAGCUUGGACUUUACCUUGGCCUCACAGGAUUCCGGCUGAAGGGACGCGACGUGCACAAGGCCGGCAUCGCCACGCACUACGUCGAGAGCAAAAAUUUGCCGGCUCUGGAGCAGCAGCUGUUGGCCACAACGAGCGGAACCGAAGUUGAGAGCGUGCUGGAGCGUUUCUCCGAGAAACGGGACGCUGGUGUAGAGUUUGUGCUGGCGAAACAGCUGAAGCAAAUCAACGAGUGCUUCGGUGCACCGACGAUCGAGGGCAUUUUUGCCAAGCUGGAACAGGACGGCAGCGAAUGGGCGCUAAAUACGCUAAAAUUGCUGCAAAAAAUGUCCCCAACGUCGCUGGUCGUCACGCAGAAGCAGCUCGAGCUGGGAAGUCAAAUGGAUUUGCAAACGUGUCUCAAGAUGGAGUACCGCUUAGCGGUUCACCAUGCAAUCGACAGCGACUUCAAGGAGGGCGUUCGAGCGAUGCUGGUGGAUCGCGAUCAGAACCCACGGUGGAAUCCGCCCACGCUGGCGGAGGUGGAUCCGGCGCGUGUGGAGAAAUUCUUUGGCCCCUUGCCAGACGGCAGUGAAUUGAAUUUCGAAUCCGACGGACAGAAGUCUUCGUUGUAACGCAAUGUCCUGUACGGCAUCUGCUAAAGCAGACUCCAUUUCCGGUACACCGGAAUCACAAAGUGCAUUUACUAGCAGUUAAUUACGGAAGGCCAGCAGCGAAGCUGUGGCGUACUAUUUUCCAGUUUAUACGCAUAAAAACCUUUCUAAGUUGGUGUUUCUAAGAAAAGGUGGAAAUAAAUUUAAAUGGCCAUAUAAUUAA